AUGUCCCGGACCUUUUUUCUUGUCUUUUUGUUUAUUUUCGGCGUUUGUUAUUGUAAUCCUGAUGCGAAACGCUUAUAUGACGACCUCCUGAGUAACUACAAUAGGUUGAUACGGCCUGUUGAUAAAAACAACAAUACUGUGUUGGUGAAACUUGGUCUGAGGCUGUCACAACUGAUUGACCUGAAUCUGAAAGAUCAAAUUCUGACGACGAACGUGUGGCUGGAACAUGAAUGGGAGGAUCACAAGUUCAAAUGGGAUCCCUUGGAGUACGGUGGCGUGAAGGAGCUCUACGUACCUUCAGAACACAUCUGGUUGCCCGACAUAGUACUUUAUAACAAUGCUGAUGGAGAGUACGUGGUGACAACGAUGACGAAAGCAGUUCUGCAUCACACUGGCAAAGUGCUGUGGACUCCUCCAGCCAUCUUCAAAUCUUCAUGUGAGAUCGACGUGCGCUACUUCCCCUUUGACCAGCAAACUUGCUUCUUGAAGUUCGGAUCUUGGAGUUAUGAUGGCGAUCAGAUUGACUUGAAACACAUCAAUCAGAAAAAGGGUGACAUGGUGGACGUCGGCAUUGACCUUCGGGAGUACUAUCCUUCUGUGGAGUGGGAUAUUCUUGGAGUACCAGCUGAGAGACAUGAGAGGUACUACCCUUGCUGUCAGGAACCGUACCCUGAUAUUUUCUUCAACAUCACGCUAAGAAGAAAAACUUUAUUCUACACCGUCAAUUUGAUUGUACCAUGCGUCGGUAUCUCGUACCUCUCAGUUCUUGUCUUCUAUCUACCUGCUGAUUCUGGAGAGAAGAUUGCUCUCAGCAUUUCCAUAUUACUAUCCCAAACUAUGUUUUUCUUGCUGAUUUCUGAAAUUAUACCUUCAACAUCACUCGCAUUGCCCUUGCUGGGAAAAUACCUACUAUUCACUAUGUUGUUAGUAGGGUUAUCUGUAGUGAUAACUAUUAUCAUAUUGAAUGUACACUAUCGGAAACCAAGUACCCAUAAGAUGGCUCCAUGGGUUCGAAAAUUCUUUAUAACGAAACUUCCAAAGCUGUUACUGAUGAGAGUACCUAAAGAUUUGCUUAGAGAUUUGGCAGCGCAGAAGAUUGCUGGAAGAAGUAUGAAGAACAAGAAUAAAUUUAAAGAUGCUCUCGCAGCGGCUGAGCAGACCAAUUCCAAUGCAUCAAGCCCUGAUUCGCUUCGCCAUCAUUUACCAGGUGGAUGCAAUGGGCUACAUUCGACUACGGCCACUAACAGGUUCAGCGGCCUUGUCGGUGCUCUAGGCAGUCUCGGUGCUGGUUAUAAUGGCUUACCAUCAGUCAUGUCUGGUCUCGACGACUCUUUAAGCGAUGUAGCUCCGCGGAAGAAGUACCCAUUUGAGCUGGAAAAGGCAAUCCAUAACGUCAUGUUUAUACAACACCACAUGCAGAGGCAGGAUGAGUUUAAUGCUGAAGACCAAGACUGGGGCUUCGUAGCUAUGGUGCUGGACCGUCUGUUUCUGUGGAUCUUCACCAUCGCUUCCAUAGUAGGCACCUUUGCAAUUCUCUGUGAAGCGCCAUCACUGUACGAUGACACCAAGCCUAUUGACAUGAUGCUCUCAUCAGUAGCUCAACAGCAAUUCCUACCAGUGGACAGUGGAGACUCAUAG